AUGCAUCGCCGGAGGAGCGCUGAGAGGACGCGGAAGGUGACGCCUCCGUCACCAUCUUACAUGAACAACGAUCAAUUCGCUGCGUACCUGGCAAAUCUCAGGAACAACCGUGUUGCCCGCCCCGGCGGCGCGAGACCUCAGCCUCCCUCGUCGACUGCAAGAUCCAAACGGCCUGCCUAUGACCAGCAUAGCAUCUCCGAACCAGUUCCUCGUUCUGAGAGCCCUGCCAUAUCCGCCCUGAGCUCUAACGACGCUCCCUCCACGCGACCGAGCCCUCUACCGGCCAGCGCCAGCUUUUCCUCCCGCUAUUCCAUGUCCAGCGUCUCGGGACGCGAUUACUAUCCUCCUCGUUCUACAACCCCUUUGAAGCCUUCAGAAGUCGUGCCCACCGACACGUACAUGGAGCGAGGACAGAGAUGGAUGGAAAAAGAAGAAGCCGUGUCGCUCCGCCAAGCCAUGGAUGACAUGCGCAUCAAGGAUAAUAAAAGCUCUGCUUCUCAGAAGCAAGUCUCCAGUGCGGUGGACGACAACGCCACUACCACUUCACAGGAGGAUGAAACUCGAAUUUACAACGCCGCUCUUGACGAGGCCUCGGAGCUUGUCUGGCAACACCGAAACGGAGUGGCUUCUCCCGACCCCAAUGCUCCGUACCGAUACAAGCCCCAUAUGAGGAAGAACAGCUAUGCCCAUGCCCGCACGGCCAGUGUUGGGAAAUACGGCGAUGAGAUCGUGCCCUCCAGUCUAGCAAGAGACGAGCCAAGGUCAUGCUCGGGCAGUUCGACCGAUAGUGAGGGACGCCCCUCCCUGGUUAUGUCGCGUGAGAGCCACAGCAGAGAUGACAAGAGCCCUGAGCGCCCUUCACUGGAUUUUGGAACUUCAGGUCUCGCUGGCCCCGUUCGUUCCAAUUCUGGCGUCACAUCUUCUAGUCGCCGCCGCAGCAGCAUGAAGCGUAACAUCAGCGGUGAGGUCGAGAAACCGUUCUCCGGUGACCAGAUUUGGGAAGAGCCAGAAGGCUCGACCCGCAAAGUAACGGCAGAACCCAAGUCCGAGAAAAUGUCGGAUCUUCCUUUGGUCGAUAAGCCGAAGAAUCCUCAGAGUCAAGUCCGCUUCGCCACUGGACCCCCAGCUGACCGAGUCGCGCCCUGGAAACCCAGAUGCAAGGUUGAGAUUCAUCGGAACCCACCCUCUCAAUCACGCAACCCGCAGUACACAACCAACGCUCCCGCUGCGAAACCCGUGACAGAAGAGACAGUACCAAAGAAGAAUGGAAUGGAGAUUCGCAGUGAUGAUAUUAGGGGGGCUACAAGCAUGAAGCUGAAAGACCGCAGUGCGAAACUGCCCACGCCCACGGCCGUCAGUGAUCGACCUGGACGGCCGAUUGUAAGCUUCGACUCGAACUGGAAAGCUCCGGACGAGAAGACUGAUUCUAGGCCAGGAUCGGCUUUCGGCAUCCCCAACUCGGGACCUGCGAGUCAAAAGACCCAGCCGAUGGAGAUUCCUUCUAUCGUGGUGGCGCCGGAAGAUCCCCCGACGAACAACACACGCCGGGUCCCGGCCGUGCCGUCCAUAAGUAUUGCGGGCGUGGACGAGCCGGCCGGCAGCCACUCCGGCAUACCCGUCAUUAUCACACCCGAGGACGAUGCGGCGAACUCUGGGCCGCGACCUUUGCCUGAUCCCAAGGCCGCUUCGUCCAGAGGACGUCCUUUCCAGCGACCGCAGCGGCAUUGGUCGCAUGCUCCCGGGUCUGGCAUCCGGUCAACGACGCUGUGUUACGAGUGCGACUUCCCCAUAGAGGGCAGGUUCGUCUCGCUAGCGGGAUUAUCGGAGCGUUUCCAUCCACAGUGCUUCAGUUGCUUUGCUUGUGGUACCGGUCUCGAGGCUCUGGAGAUCAGCCCCGAGCCGGAGGCUCAUCGUCAGGCUCGCCUGGACAGGAUCAGGCGCCGAACGAAUGGAGAGAGACUUGAAGAGGAGCGAGGAAAAACCAUGGCUGAAGAUGGCGAUGAGCGUCUGCGUUUCUACUGCCAUCUGGACUGGCAUGAGCUGUUUGCGCCAAGGUGCAAACACUGCAAAACGCCAAUUCUCGGAGAGCAUGUUGUCGCGCUUGGUGAGCAUUGGCACUAUGGACAUUUCUUCUGCGCCGAGUGCGGAGACCCGUUUGAGAAGGGCAUGACGCAUAUUGAGAAGGAUGGGUACGCGUGGUGUAUCAACUGCCAGACCAAGCGGACGGAACGACGAGCGCCCAAAUGCAAGAAGUGCAGAUGUGCCGUUAUUGGACAGUAUAUCAGGGCACUGGGCGGAGAGUGGCACGAAGAAUGCUUCCGUUGUAACUCGUGCAAUGGAGGCUUUGAUGACGGCCAGAUCUUCCCUAAGGAGGACGGGGACAAGACGAUUGUACUUUGCACACGAUGCCGCAUGAUUGAGCUCAAGGCAUAA